AUGGUUGAAUCUCCAAAGUCGGUCAAUAUAUGGGAUCUUCCAACUCCUUUACUUAGAAAUAUAUUUGUUGACCAUGCUAGAAUUUUAUUUGAUGUUUUGAAAGAACUUUAUCAACUUGACAAAAGAUUUGGCCCUAUAUUAGAGGCUUCAAUCGCUAUAAUUACAAAUGAUUUUAAUAUCCCUCAUCAAGCUAUGACAGCUUUAGAUGGUCUUGAAGAUUUACACUUUGAUACCUAUGAUGCAGCAAACAUGCAACGAAAUCAUUCGAUCCAAUACUGUUUUGCUUAUUUUAUGGUGAAUCCACAUUUAGAAUCAUUUCCAGGAUGUUUUAAAACUGCUCCAUCAAUAUUACCUAUGGGAUAUUCUACAUGCCUCAAAAUUCAAGUAUUUAAUAAAUUGUUUAGGGAAUUUGCAUCUGUAAGAAAUGGGUUUUUUGUUCAAAAAAUGAAAAUGUGCAAUAUUAAUCUCGAUAGAGUAUUUCCAAAUUAUUAUAGUAAUUCAAGGGAAUGGAAUCAUUUUGGGUUUGAUAAUAGUAAUAUUAAAUCCUCAAAUAUCAAAACAAUGUCAAGCAAAAACUUGUCGUCAAUGAAGAUUGAACUUGGUAAGCCGUUUAGAGAGCAUUAUAAAUUUGAAGAACUUUCAUUCCCAAACCUAAAGAGCCUAAUAAUUGAAGUUCCUGAAUCCCCAAAAGAUUCAUUACUUGAACUCAAGAAUGACGAGUAUAGAUAUUAUCGUGGCACAAGUUCUGAGCAUCUGUUUAAACCAACGAAACAAUAUUACAAAUAUUUAUCAUUCAAAUCGUGCUCUUUUCCAACGUUAGAUUCCUUUGAACUAAGUUUGAAUGCUAAGGUUGAAUGUAUCUCAAAUUGUGAUUUUCCAAAACUACAAAAACUUGAAUUUAAUAAUAAUUUUUUGCUUUUGAUUGAAAAUACCAACUUUAAGACUUUGAAAAAGAUGGUCAUUUAUCCAACGAUCAAUCUCAUGGAGAUGAAUCAUAGGAAUUUAGGCUUAUUAAAGGAAGAUCAGUUUGAUAUAAGAGGCAUUGACGAUACUGUUAAAAAGUUUUGUGAGAUGUAUGGAGUUGAAAAAUCUGAAAUUAAAUGUUUCCCAUCAUUUAUAGUAAAAAAUGUUAGAUUUGAUUCACUUAAAACUUUGCAAGUCCCUCAUGCUAACUCUUUAUUAGGAUUUGAUGAUGGAUUUUUAAUUGGGAAUUCAAUUAAGCCUAUCAUACAUCCUGAUCCACCUAUGGGUUACAUUCCAAAACCAAAAGGAACUAAAAAGAGGAAAACUACUUCUUAA